GCAUAAGUCUUGUAGAGACAAAGGAGAGGAUAGCAUAUGCUCAACGUAUUACUUCUCGCUUCCACCAAAAAUCAAAAGACUAUCUCUUGUUCCUUCCUUAUCUUCUGUACUUUCUCUCUCUUCGCUAUUCAAAUAAAACUGAAGGUCCCUCCUUUUCCACCAUUUCUUUUCUUUUCUUUGCCCAAAAUCAAAUGGACCACCACCAUCUCCAACCAUGAACCCACUAUUACCCUCCUCCUGUUCUUCUUCGCCGCUUUCUAAUCUAUACCCAUUACCCCAUGCUUUCUCUUUCCACUGGCCUUCUAUACCAUCUUCCACCACCAGCACCACUGUCGCAUCGAAACCCACACUCCACUUUUGCACGUAUUCUGCUACUAACCAAGCAAAUCCCACAACAACAGACCUUUCUUUAACUACUGCUAGUGAUGACCAAAGACUAUUAUCUCUACUCCGUCAAAGAAAAACCGAAGAGGCAUGGAGUCUUUAUACCCAAUUUUGUCAUCUUCCAAAUCCCACUUGUCUUAGCCGCUUAGUUUCUCAACUCUCUUACCAAAACAACUCUCUUAGUCUUAAGCGCGCCCAGUCCAUUCUUACGCGCCUCCGCCAUGAACGCCAACUCCACAGACUCGACGCUAAUUCUCUUGGUCUACUCGCUGUCUCCGCGACAAAAUCUGGUCAAAUAUUGUAUGCCGUUUCUCUCAUUAACUCAAUGUUACGUUCCGGUUAUCUUCCUCACGUGAAGGCUUGGUCUGCCGUUCUCAGUCGCCUUGCCUCCUCCCCGGACGAUGGCCCCAUACAAGCAAUCAAACUCUUUAAAUCAGUUACUCGCCGUGUACGGAGAUUCUCCGACGUGACAAUGGUUGCAGAGUCAAGACCAGAUACUGCUGCUUUUAACAAUGUGCUUAAUGCUUGUGCUAAUAUAGGAGAUAAAAACAUGUUCUUACAAUUGUUCGAUGAAAUGUCUGAGUUUGGAGCUGAGCCUGAUAUCAUGACUUAUAAUAUUAUAAUUAAGUUGUGUGCUAGAUGUAAUAGAAAAGACUUGCUUGUGUUUGUUUUGGAGAGGGCAAUUGAAAAUGGUGUAUCUUUAUGUAUGACUACUUUGCAUUCUCUUGUAGCUGCCUAUGUUGGAUUUAGCGAUUUGGAAACUGCAGAGAAAAUAGUUCAAGCAAUGAGGGAAGAAAGGAGAGAUCUUUGUAAGAUUAUGAGGGAAGCAAAUAUGGAGGAUUUGAUUGAUGAUGAGAGAGAUUUAACUGAGAAUGAAGAGUUGGGUCAAAGUGGGGAAGAUAUUGUGUUUGAGAAAUUGCUUCCAAAUUGGAUUGAAGCUAUUAAUACUGAACCACCAUUGUUGCCUAAAGCUUAUGCUCCCGACUGUAGAAUAUACACAACUUUAAUGAAGGGUUAUAUGAAGCAAGGUCGUGUAAGUGAUACUAUAAGAAUGUUAGAGGCAAUGAGACAUCAGGAUGAUAAUUCUAGUCAUCCUGAUCAUGUAACCUAUACAACGGUUGUUUCUACUCUUGUAAGGGCUGGUUCUAUGGACCGUGCACGUCAAGUACUGGCAGAGAUGACUAGAAUUGGUGUGCCUGCGAAUAGGAUUACUUACAAUAUUCUGCUGAAGGGUCAUUGCCAGCAAUUGCAAAUUGAUAAGGCUAAGGAGUUGCUCAAGGAAAUGACCGAUGAUGCGGAAAUUCAACCUGAUGUGGUUUCAUAUAAUACUUUGAUUGAUGGAUGUAUACAAGUUGAUGAUAGUGCAGGAGCUCUUGCAUUUUUUAAUGAGAUGCGAGCAAAAGGAAUUGCUCCUACCAAGAUCAGUUACACUACUUUGAUGAAAGCUUUCGCCUUAUCAGGUCAACCAAAGUUGGCUAACCAGGUCUUCGAUGAGAUGUUCAAAGACCCGCGUGUGAGAGUUGAUUUGAUCGCAUGGAAUAUGCUAGUUGAAGGGUUUUGUAAACUGGGAUCGAUUGAGGAAGCCAAGAAAAUAGUCGAGAGAAUGAAGGAGAAUGGUUUCUACCCCAAUGUGGCUACUUAUAGUAGUCUUGCAAAUGGAAUAGCAUUGGCUAGAAAACCAGGGGAAGCACUUCUACUUUGGAAAGAAGUCAAGGAAAGGUGUAUGGUGCAAAAGGAUAGGGAGAAGUCUGAUUCCAAUUCGCCUUGUCCACCAACACUGAAACCUGAUGAAGGCUUGCUAGAUACUCUGGCUGAUAUUUGUGUUAGGGCUGCUUUCUUCCAAAAAGCACUAGAAAUAGUGGCUUGCAUGGAAGAAAAUGGGAUACCACCAAAUAAAACCAAGUAUAAAAAGAUCUAUGUGGAGAUGCAUUCAAGAAUGUUUACUAGUAAACAUGCUUCUCAGGCAAGGCGAGAUAGGAGAAGAGAGAGAAAACGAGCAGCUGAGGCUUUCAAGUUUUGGUUGGGGUUGCCAAAUUCUUAUUAUGGGAGUGAGUGGCGGCUUGGACCCACCGAUGAAGGUGAUUAUGCUUGAGAUUCACUGUCAACCACCAGGUACUUGGUUGUAAACUGUUAAUAAAAUUGGAAUUUCACACAAAGGAAAAUGGAGACCAUCGAUGAAGGUGAUUAUGCUUGAGGUUUAGGUUAAUCUCCACGGUACUUGGUUGUACACUAUGUUACUGAAAAUGGAAUUUCACACAAAGGAAAAUGGAGACCUACCACUGGUGUUUAUACUUGAGAUUCUGGAUAACUUCCAUGUACUUGAUUAUAGACUACGUUUACUGAAAUUGGAAUUACACAAAGGUAAAUGGAAAAUAGUAUUUACCGGAUUGUAUCUGUAUAUUAUGAACCUUGAAUUGUAGAUUCAAAAUUAUCAUUGUAAAAUGUAAAAACAAAUAUAUGUAAAUCUGUUCAGGCAAAA